AUGUCCGAUGAUGAUUUGCUGAUUGAUGAUGUAUCGGAGAAUGCAGCGGGAGGUAGCAAUAAUCCGUGGGAUGCAACGUCGUCUGUUUCUGAGUCUCAGCCGUUCAGUCCGAGAAAACGGAAUGAUUUGCGAUUGCAGAACUCGGAUGGAGCCGAUUCAAGUGCUACCAUGUGUGCCGCCGGACAGAACAAUACUGAUCCAGCAGUACCACCUAAACGGCUCUUUUCACUGAGCAGUAUCGAAGCAGCCAAACACCUGGACCUUCUGGCAUGUGGUGCCGAGAUUAUGCGCUCUCCUGAGGACGGCAUUCACCGUGAAUCCAAAACGGGUGGCGUAAUAAAGCUGAAUAUAUCGAAUAUGGGGGCGCUGCGAACCAAAGUGACCACGUCGUUUCAUACAAUUGCCAAUCUACCAUGGCGUUUGGCUGCAAAAACGGAGUGCACGAAGCGUACCAGCAAUGUGAAGUUCUUCAGCGUGUACAUUGACUGCAAUCCGGAUAGUGAAUCAACGCUGUGGAGUUGUGAUGCUGUCGUCGAGUUCCGCUUAAUCUCGCAGAAACCUGACGUUGCUGAUUUUUGCCGUCAGUUUACGAAUAAAUUCAAUUAUAAUUCGAACAAUUGGGGAUUUCCGUCGUUUAUGGAGUGGAGCGAAAUAUUGAACGUUGAUAAAGGAUAUAUUCGCGGCGAUCGUGUUGUGCUUGAAGCACACAUCACUGUACAAAAAGUUGUUGGCGUUAGGUUGGUAGUUUUCGUUUUUUGA